AUGAUAUUCAUCAACAACAAAGUGCAGUAUUAUCAGAUUGGCAUCUUUCCAGGACUACCUUCAGAGUUUAGAACCCCAAUUUUCAUUUCAUCCAAGUAUGCCAUGGCCCAUGUUGCUUCGUCUCAUCUUACCAUGGCUUCUGUCCAUAACAAAGGCAACAGAAGUGUCGACCUAUCUCAGACGAAGCCUGGCUGCCAGGACAACUGCGGGAACAUCAGCAUCCCAUACCCGUUUGGUAUAGGAGAUGAUCCAAACUGUUUCAUGGAUUACGAUUUCAAGUUGAUCUGCAACACCUCUAGUGACAAUCCUGUGCUGCAGACCCAAGACGGCCAGCCCGUCUUGAACAUAUCGUUGCAGGGCCAACUGACGACCUCCAUUCACGUCGCCGUACAGUGUCAGGUGGGGGACAGCAAGCUGUGGAAUAGUUCCAACACUAAACUUCAACUUCAGAAAGCGUACAGGGUCUCCAACAUCAGAAAUAUAUUCAUGUCUGUCGGUUGCGAGAUGAAUGGAAAUUUGUACGACUACAUGGGCAGGGUGCGCUAUAUUAGUUGCGAUUCGUUAUGCUUGGAGGAUACUCAAAUAACAGGAUUACCUUGUGCAGGCCUUGGAUGCUGCCAGAGCUCGAUACCCAAGGACCUCAGUUCUUUCUGGGUAUACAUUGGAAAUUAUUACAGCUUUACGUACAAUGGGAAUGCCAGCAAAUGCGCACACUCCGUUCUGUCAGAGCAGGAAUGGCUCAGCUCGCAUGUAUUCGACCUCUGGACUCUGAGAAACAACUUGGAUUACCUUCAGAAAAAUAGGUUGAAAAAUCUAUUAAUACUUGACUGGGCAAUUCGAAACAAGACCAGUUGCGUGGAAGCGCAAAGAGUAGCGGCUGAUUAUGCAUGUGGAAGCAAUACCCACUGCACGAACUCAACAAACGGACCUGGAUAUCUUUGCCAUUGUAUGCAAGGUUACGAUGGGAAUCCUUAUCUUCCCAGUGGAUGCCAAGUACUCGACUGGUCUACUGUAAACAAGACCUGUGAGAAAGGAUCUACCAAUUAUGCAUGUGGGGAGAACACCUACUGCUCUUACUCCAAAGACAGCCCUGGAUUUCUUUGCCAUUGCAUUGAAGGUCACCAUGGGGAUCCUUAUCUCCCUGAGGGAUGCCAAGCAGCAGAAUCCACAUCCUURGAGACAAAGCCUGGAUGCCAAAACAAAUGCGGGAAUGUUAGCAUCCCAUACCCAUUCGGUCUCGAUGGAGAUGAUCCAACCUGUUUCAGAGAUGAAUUUAAGUUGUUCUGCAACACUGCCACUGAUCCUCCUCGACUGUUAAUGGAUGGAUUUCUCGUUAUGGACAUAUCACUACAAGGUCAACUGAUUAUACUCUCCCCCUGGGCUUCCAUCUACUGUUACACUGGAGACAACCAAAGCUAUCUCUACAAUACAUUUAUCCAGCUACCAAAUGUAUACAGAUUCUCCUACACCCGAAACCAGUUCACGGCUGUUGGUUGUAACACACUUGGAUUGUUUUCCGAUUAUAAUUCUAGUAAGUUCUCUUUGGAGUGCCUUUCAUCUUGUCCUUAUGAUGCCGUAUUGACUGGGCGACCUCGUCACGGCAUUGGAUUCUGCCAGAUCGCAAUACCGAAGGAUCUUCCUGCAUUUACUCUGAGAGUUGGGGAGUCUGCCAAAACAACCAACAAAUCGAACUCUUGGAAGAUCAGCAGAUGUGGCUUAGCCUUCCUAUCUGACCAAAUGUGGUUCACUUCAAAUGCAUCUUCCCGGUGGAAUUCAAGAAAUGAUGCGGAUGGCAUUGUAAACACUGGCAUCAAAACUUCAGUAGUACUUGAUUGGGCAAUUCGGGAGAAGAAUUGCAAGGAAGCACAAAGAGCGAAUGAUUAUGCUUGCGGGAAGAACACCAACUGCACAGACUCCACAAAUGACCCUGGAUAUAAUUGCCAUUGUUUGAAUGGCUACCACGGAAUUCCAUAUCUCCCCAUGGAUGCCAAGAAUAGCUAUGGUGAUGGUAGAAAAGAUGGUCAAGGAUGCAUUGCCAAGAGUAAAGCCUUUUCUGUGAUUAAGAGCCGGAAAUGGGAGCGAGAGGUCUGUGUUCUAAGACCUCUGGAGAUCAGUAGCGGCAAAGACGUUGCUCGGCACCGGCAAAGGACAGACUUUGCACUCUAG